GAUGUAGUUUACAGAAUGACGCCUUCGACUCGAGUUUUAUGCACUUGUCAGCACAGACUAGGCCGUAAAGGCCUCUCCUCCAUCCGGGUCUUCCCAUUUUCGGGGGUAGCUCGGAUUGCUGAGCCUAAUCUUGGUGCCAGGCUGGGCAGGAAGUCAGCUGACGGUCGGCCGACGAGGCGCUCUAGGCCGAAUGACUUUCGUCUCUAUGACCACAAGGAGGCGGUCUCGGGUGUCCCGAGGACUGCGCGCGGAGGGGGUGUGCGUCAGUUCCGCGCGGGGCUGUCGGGGAACCAUGGCUGCCCCAAGAGAGAAACUGGUAGUCCUGGUAGAUUCAAGGCAUCUUUAAGAGAAAAUGUCUUGGGGAGCCCCAAGGAACUGAUGAAGUUAAGUGUGCCAUCAUUAGUGUAUGCUGUUCAGAACAAUAUGGCUUUCCUAGCUCUUAGCAAUCUGGAUGCAGCAGUAUACCAGGUGACCUAUCAGUUGAAGAUUCCCUGCACUGCUUUAUGUACUGUUUUAAUGUUAAACCGGACACUCAGCAAAUUACAGUGGAUUUCAGUUUUUAUGCUGUGUGGUGGAGUCAUACUUGUACAGUGGGAACCAGCCCAGGCUACAAAAGUUGUGGUGGAACAGAAUCCCUUAUUAGGGUUUGGUGCUGUAGCUAUUGCUGUAUUGUGCUCAGGAUUUGCAGGAGUAUAUUUUGAAAAAGUAUUAAAGAGUUCAGAUACUUCCCUUUGGGUGAGAAACAUUCAGAUGUAUCUAUCAGGGAUUGUUGUGACAUUAGUUGGCGUCUACUUGUCAGAUGGAGCUGAAAUUAACGAAAAAGGAUUUUUCUAUGGUUACACAUAUUAUGUCUGGUUUGUCAUUUUUCUUGCAAGUGUUGGAGGCCUCUACACUUCUGUUGUGGUCAAGUACACAGACAACAUCAUGAAGGGCUUUUCUGCAGCAGCCGCCAUUGUCCUUUCUACUAUUGCUUCAGUGAUGCUGUUUGGGUUACAGAUAACACUCACCUUUGCCCUGGGCACUCUUCUUGUAUGUGUUUCUAUAUAUCUCUAUGGAUUACCCAGACAAGACACUACAUCCAUCCAACAAGGAGAAAUAGCUUCAAAAGAGAGAGUUGGUGGUACGUGAUUUCAGCCUCAAAAGAGAUUCCUACCAAGACUAAAGAAACUAUCUGCAUUAAACUAGAGCCUUAAGUCAAUCCCAGAAGGUAGCUUAAACAAAAAAACAAUAUGUUAACCGUGUCAUAAGAAUUAAGAGGAAAACUAUUUGAGUGAAUUGCUACAAAGACUUAAUAUGGCCUGUUUUGGGUCAAGCUGUUUUGUUUUAGAAUGAAAGAAUUUUAUUAUUGUACAUAUAAUGUAUAUAAAAAGUAUGGAGAGGUGUGGUGUUUAAAAAAAAAAAUCACGUGAGGAUACAAUAUUCAAGUAACAAGGUUUGGGACAAGGUUAAAGGUUCAAGUGCCAAAGCCAUUUCUGUACGAACUGUUUUCUUGUUCUGGUACCAGGGGAGAAGGACGAUUCCCUUCUUGAUCUCCAGUUCAUGUACAGUAUUUCAUCCCAGCAGCAGUAAUGACCUAGCUCUUUUCUUACAAAAGACAGGCAAAACCAAGAUAGGCUAGUUCAGAAGCAAACUGAAUGUGUAACUUCUCAAACUGAAUCUAUUUCAUAAUGCGGACAAUGACUUCUAGGUGGUGAAUGAGUACUCCUGUAAGUGCUGUAUUUGUGCCAUUCAUUGUCUGGAUUCCUGUUUCUUUGCGGUUAGAUGAUCUACUUUUCUUCAAAAAAUAUUUCUAAUGUCACUUUUGUACUUUUUUUUAUACAGUAUGUUUAAAACUAUUGGGCUGUCAAUUUGUGAAAUUUCAGUGUUUUUAAAAAAUUUUCUAUAAUAUUAAUGGGAAAAUUCAGCAAUAAACUUAAUUUAUUUAUAUGAAA